AAGAAAGUAAUUUGUGUUCCAAAUUUGUAUGGUUUUGACAUUAUAUUAUCUGAUUUUGUGUUAUUCUUGUUUCAUUUCUUGGGUGUAGAGAAGGAAAAUUUGUGCCUGUAUGGACAUCCGAAUGAAACCUGGGAAGUCAACCUUCCUGCCGAAGAAGUUCCACCUGAGCUCCCAGAGCCAGCACUUGGGAUAAAUUUCGCGAGGGAUGGAAUGACUCGUAGAGAUUGGCUUUCACUGGUCGCCGUGCACAGUGAUUGUUGGUUGCUUUCUGUGGCUUUCUUUAUCGGAGCUCGUCUUAACCAAAAUGAGAGGAAGCGUCUAUUCAGCAUGAUCAAUGAACUACCAACGGUGUUUGAAGUUGUGACGGAAAGAAAACACGUAAAAGAGAAGCCCACUGCCGAUAGUGGAAGCAAAUCUCGUGGUAGCACGAAGAAAUCUACUGAUGGACAGGCUAAAAGCACUCCAAAGCUGGCAGAUGAACUUUACAAGGAGGAAGAAGAAGAACAUGGUGAGACACUAUGCGGCAGCUGUGGAGGGAAUUAUAGUGCUGAUGAAUUUUGGAUUGGCUGUGACAUCUGUGAGAGGUGGUACCAUGGGAAAUGUGUUAAGAUAACUCCCGCUAAAGCUGAGAGUAUAAAGCAAUAUAAAUGCCCAUCUUGCAGCUUGAAGCGGGCAAGACAGUAGUUGUUUCAUGAACCAUGAGGGGGCCAUAAGUGUUAUUGAUCUGACCAUUAACAGAAUAGUAUAACAAUGUUGCAUUUGUAAUGGUUUCUUAUAGUGAUGUUUCUUUACGCGGCGCUUGGAAAAGAAAUGUAAUUUUUAUCCUUUAAUUCAUGUCCGGCUGUUCGCCCAAUAUAUACAAAAACUUUUUAGUUAUUGUAAAGGUUCUGUAAUGAUAAUGGAUUUGUAGUAGUUGAUAAACUAAUUGUUGCA